AUCAUAUCUUUUGCCUUUAAACUUUGAGUUUGAUCUUGGAGAAUCUUGUCCUGGGUGGAUUUGCGAGGGGUAGCUCACUUUGUAUUUCAUCUUCGUAUGUCAUCGUUCUGAUUGUAGAUUUGUAGGUUUAUUUGUUGGAGAAUAAAACAGCUCCCCACCAGUUUAUAAAGUUAGUUGUCAAUACGUUCUUUUAAAGAUAUCAGUGGCGGUUGGUAUCUGUUGAAUUUGCAUAAAUGAUCGUUGAAGACGGUAUUAGAAACCAGAGAGUUCUUCUGCUGGAACUGUUGGAUUACCGUAUGCAGUAAUCGGAAUUAAUGCUUUCUACCAGGCAUUUUUUUGGUCUCCGAACGGAAGUCUUAUAAUAAGUUGCUGAUGAUCCAAGCUUGGAACCUUUUAGUAAGUUGCAGUUUCGAAUAGCAACAUUUGCGGAGAUAGUUGGAUUUGAAAUUUUGAAUUUUAAGGUGCUGCUUAACGUAUGCUGGCCUCUAUCACUGAAACGUUUGGGGGAUAACUGUUGUUCCUCAUUGUUAGAAAUCCCUUUUAUUUUUCCAUUAUUCCAAGUAUCUAACAAUGAGCUCAGAGAAUAUUUAUCAGUACUCACCAGCACAGCCAAUUGAAACUGAACCGAAAUCUCAAAAGAUUUCUUAUACAAGAGAUUUUCUUCUGUCUUUGAGCGAGUUGGAUGUUUGCAAAAAUCUGCCAAGUGGUUUGGACCGAUCAAUUCUAAGUGAAUUUGAGGAUUUGUUCUAUAGCAUACCAGAGCGGCAGAGAAUUGCUGGAAGUUUAUCUUUGCAGAGUUUCAGACGUAGUGAAUAUGGAUCUUCGCCACCCACCCGGGGUGAUUCCAAUAAUUAUUCACGAGGAAGCCAGGGGAGAUGGGCGUCUGAUUCAAAUGAUAAAGAUGUUGACUCACAGACAGAUCGGGAUUCAGAUUCUGGAAGACGUUCUGGCAACCAAUCUCGACGUUCAUGGCAAAAUUCAGAGCAAGAUGGGCUUCUCGGAAGUGGUGCGGCUGGUGCCUUUCUAAGACCACCUGGAUAUACAGCAGGGGUUUCUGCUCCAAAGUUUCAAGGGAAUGGUCAUUAUCAACUCAGUAGGAGUAACGAACCAUAUCAACCCCCUCGCCCUAGUAACGAACCAUAUCAACCCCCACGCCCUUAUAAGGCAGUACCUCAUUUAAGAAGGAAUGCUACUGACUUGAUUAAUGAUGAAACAUUUGGUUCAACUGAAUGCUCAAGUCAGGAUAGAGCAGAGGAGGAAAGAAAGAGAAGAGCUUCGUUUGAGUUGAUGAGGAAGGAACAACAAAAAGCAUUUCAAGAGAAGCAGAAACAGGUUUCAGACAAGCAGAAAGAAAAUUUUGGCACAGAUAUUACUUCAUUGUUGGAGGGUUCUGAAGAUGAAAAGCAGCUUCCUAAUAAAGACAUUGCAUCACAGGCCUCUGUUCUAACAUUGGUCUCGGAAAAUGAUUCUGCCAGGUUUUCUUUUCCCACACAAACUCCUGCCACCAGACCACUUGUACCCCCAGGUUUUACAAGCUCUAUUCUGGAGAAGAAUCUGGGAUUAAAAGUGCUUCCUCCCUCUACAGCUGAGGUUGGAAAUGUUGGAUUUGGGGAUAGCAUUGAGCAUGCUGAGGAUAAUCUAGUCGCAAAUGGAACUUUUGAUAACCAUGACACGAAACAAUCAUGGUGCAUGGACUGCACUGAGCUGCAUGAUGAGGCUAAGAGUGUUAAUGCUCCCUUAGUGGACGGAAGUGAAAGGAUUGUGUUUCCUCCUUCAUCUGCAGAAGUUUCUGACAAUUCAGCUGGUGUUAGUACAUUGUGUAAAACUUCUAAACUGUCAGAAGCCUGUGAAGGACAGAAUUAUGGUGAGGUUACAACAGAAACUGACAAAUUGACAGGGCAUAAGAUAGUAAAUACAGCUGGUCAGGGUCAUUCAACUUCAAUCUUAGAGAAGCUGUUAGGUAGUGCUUUAACAGCCAAUGCUGUUGGUUCGUCUAGCUUUAUUGAGCAUCAUGCGCAUGAUAGUAAAGCAGAUGAUUCACGGAGUUCUGUAGCCUCCCGGUCAUCAAAGUUUGCACAUUGGUUUCUUGAUGAAGUCUUAACUGCAGAAAAGAAGCCAGUAGAUGAUCUCUCUUGUGGCAAACCUAGGGAUUUACUUUCACUGAUUGCAAGUAGUGAUAGAGAUGGAUCUCAGGUGUCUGGAGUGUCUGAUGAGAAAGCCACAGACUACAUCCCACUGAUAUUUCCUUUUGAAAGCGAUGAACUGUCGAACGGGUUUAUGACUUCAACUGCUACUUCUGCACCAGUUGGAAUCUCUGAACCAGUGUACCAUCAUAACAAGUCAGGCACCACUCCAGGAGUGCUUACGUGUGAAGAUCUUGAACAGUCUAUUCUACAGGAGAUAAAUGAAAACAGUUCAAGUCUACAGCAUUCUGUGCAACCCUCGAGUGUGACAGAUGCAAAAGUUGAUGUUGAUGAUCUCGCAUCGCAACAUCUCCUUUCUUUGUUACAGAAAGGAACAAGCAUUAAAGAUCCACCACCGUUGUCUAAUGUAGAUGUUGUGACAGACAAACCUAAUGUCUAUGGGGUGGGAAAUCUUAGCCCUGUGGUUGAAAGGUCAGGUGAGAGAAGUACUGGAAACAUUCAGAAUUCUGAAAAGACUCCUACUCUUGAAACUUUAUUUGGGACAGCCUUCAUGAAGGAACUGCACUCAGUGGAAGCACCAGUAUCAACACAUAGAGGAUCAACUGGUGUGGCUAGAAGAACUGAUGUUUCAGAGCCUCAUGGGUCCCCAUUUCCAGUUUCUGAUGAUGGUUUGUUUUCUUCUACAGUUGGUGAGUUUGGAUCCAACAAGAGCAGUCAUGAGGGCAAUCAUUUGGCAUCAAAAGUAAAAUCUGAGAAGAUUGAGAGGCAUUGGUUGGGCUUUGAUGAUCCCCAAACUGAUUUAGGGUCGAUGAUUAGUGGUGCUGUUGGCUUCAAAGAUAGAGCUGAUGGGACAAUGGACAUUAAACUGCCUGAAGAGGACAGCUUGAUCAUGGUAGCUGAUUCAGUGAACCUCCAAAACUCAACAUUUAUGCCUGCUUUGAAAGCAGCUAAAGAUGAGCUGUUAUCUCCCUCAAACACACCAGUUGACAUUGCUGAAAAACUGGCAGCUCUGAAUGCUACCCUUAAAGAUGAAAGGUCUCCAAUGCCAGGUUUUGAAUGUCCACCAUUUCUUCAUGGUCCUUAUGAUCCAGUGGAACCUGAGCUUCCGUAUCAUAAUCUGUUUGGUCAGCCAUCUUCUCCACAGUUUCAUCACUCUCCAAUGAAUCAUGGAAGACCUGUAUUCCAUUCAUUAGAAGCUCAUCAUCCUCAUAUGAAUUCCCAGAUCAAAUUCAUGGGUCCAGAGAAUAUCAUCCAUCACGAUCCACCACCACACCAUUUUCCUGCAAAUAUGUUACGUCACCCUCAUUUUCCACAUGUAUCUGCUGCGCCAACAAGGUUUGAUCCUCCUCAGCAUUCAAUGUUACCGCUGAUGCACAUGCCAAACAGUUUUCCGCCACGUCACUUUAUUCAGGGACUGCCUAGAGGUUCACCACCACCUCCUCAUGCCUUCAAUCAAAUGGCUAGUUUCAUGUCUGAGAUGAAUCCAAUGCAAGAUUUUCCUCUGAAUCAUCGACAACCAAACUACAAUGACCUUAGGGUUCCGAUGCCAGGUCCUGGUGUUGGUGGUGGAGAGAUCAAUCAUCCUGAAGCAUUGGAACGGCUGAUUGAUAUGGAACUGAGAGCAAACUCAAAACAGUUGCAUCCCGUUGCUGCUUCAGGCCAUAGGAUGGGUAUGUACGGUCAUGAACUUGACAUGGGCUUCAGAUACAGAUAGUAGAUCAAACUUCGUGGGAGUGGUGUGGUGCAAGUUCAUCGCGAUAUUGGAUCUCAUGAAUCCUUGCAGUGAGAUGGGUUUUGAGUUUCUUUCUCCCGAAGUUUGUCUGGUAUGUAUUAUAUAAAAUUCCAUUUGCCAUCGGCAUCUGGUUGAGAAUUUGGGUUUACUCUUUCUUUAUUUUGCAAUUCUAAAAU